AUGAAGACAUUGGCAUUUGCCGCCGUGACUGUUCUUCCUGCAGUAUUUGGAUGGACAGAAAAAUGGGAUCAUUCCAAGCGAUUUAAUGCCGCUGGUCACGAACAGCUUGAUUGCGAUGGCACAAGUCAACCUGCAUCUUGCUGCAUCUGUCAGUCGAUCGUGUUUGAAGUCGAAACGCAGCUGAACAAUACGCAGAACGACUACAAUAUGGAUGUUGUCUUUCGUAUUAGUGAGGAGAAGAAGCAGAUCAAGUAUUCUCGCAGUGAGGCUCGUAUUCUCGAGGUAUUGGAUGACGUGUGCGAGCAGAUCCCGCUCAAGUUUCCGACCAGCAACCACAGUACCAAGCGAAUGCUGAGUGCUGCGUGCAAUGACUUCAUUGGUGAGUACGAGGAGGAGCUGACGCGCCUCUUUUUUGAUGACUUUACGCCUGCAAAGGAGCGAAUGUGCACGGGCAUAUUACAAGUCUGCCCACAACCCAGCAAGAUGUCAAAGCUUGAAGAGCUCUAA